AUGUCGCGCCCCGAAGACCUCCUGCCCCCGGACCUCUUCUACAACGAUGUCGAGAGUCGCAAAUACACCACCAACUCCCGCAUCAAGAACAUUCAAGCCUCCAUGACGCACCGUGCCCUCGAACUCCUCGACCUACGCUCUCCCUCCUUGAUUCUCGACUUGGGCUGUGGAAGCGGCUUGUCGGGAGAACUGCUCUCGCAAGUGGAACCAGAAGACGGCGGCCCACACACCUGGAUCGGCAUGGAUAUCUCUGCAUCUAUGCUUGCACAAGCACUCGACAGAGAUGUAGACGGCGACUUGAUGCUAGCAGAUAUUGGACAAGGUGUUCCCUUCCGACCAGGCAGUUUCGAUGCCGCGAUUUCUAUAUCCGCGAUUCAGUGGUUGUGUAAUGCCGAGAGCAGCGAUGUUACGCCUGAAGGAAGACUAAAGCGUUUCUUUGAUGGCUUGUACGCGAGUCUAAGGCGCGGUGGUCGCGCAGUCUGCCAAUUCUACCCUAAGAACAAGCAACAGAGGAAUAUGAUCAGUGCGGCCGCCGUAAAAGCAGGCUUUGGCGCUGGUAUCCUCGAGGACGAUCCAGGCACCAAGAGCGAAAAACUGUACCUGGUUCUUACGGUCGGAGGAGGUGAUCUGGGAAGAGAGCAAGAGGCGGCAAGCAGAGAUAUCACUGGUGUUGUCAAUGGCAUGACCGAUGUGGAUAUCCAAGAUGCGCGUCGCAAGAAGGAUCUGCGCUCGCGCAAGGACAUGACAAGAGUCAAGGGAAGCAAAGGCUGGAUCAUGAGGAAGAAGGACCAGAUGGAGAAGCAGGGCAAGGUCGUCAAGGCAAACUCAAAGUACACUGGCAGAAAGAGAAAGAUUGCCUUCUAG